AUUUAAUACUGAACGAUCUGUGGCAAUGUAGGUAGUGGCCCUUCGUUACGACUAACAGUGUUAUUUAUAUUGUAUUUUUCACGCAGGAAUUGGCACGGGGAAACACUACGAAAUGUCGUCAAUAUCGGAAUCAAAGAUUGACAAAUAUACAAAUCUAAAGAACAGUGCUCGUUUUAAUCUGUAUAACCACAAUCAGCUGACGCGAGUGUACCCCAAGGGCACACGAGUAGAUUCAACGAAUUAUGAUCCGACGAUGAUGUGGAAUUGUGGAGUGCAAAUGUGCGCGCUGAAUUACCAAACGUCAGGUAUACUGGGGUUGGGACACAGGGCUGAGUGUGAUGGUACAGCGGUUAGAGCAUGUGUGUUUCCUCCCGGAGUUUGAUUCCUGCAAUAGACAGAUUUAGAUCGAGGACGCGGACGUCAAAGACGACGUGAAAAUGGCGUGUUGUGCCCAUGUAUGGAUAUGCCUCGCCAUUUUGAUGCCAUUUCCACGUCGUUGUGUGAUUAUAAUUUCGCCGCAGUUUUGUGCGGGAAGAGGGCCCUCUGGUUUAACUCUUCUAAACACCACAGGUUUUCUUUGCUAUACUUCAGUUUCUUCCUGUAGUGAUACUUGGCUAAAAUGAAUGACCUUACUAGAACUGGAUCUCUACAGAUAAUAGUUCAAAGCUUACAGACCUAUCCAGCAAAUUAAGUUAGUUAGUUCUAUUACUUCUAAACUGUUCUUCUUAGAGGUCAAGUAAAGAUCACUUUUUUGCCUCCAUUGUUACUACAGGAAGAAACCUAAACUAAACUUACUUAAUAUUUAUAUUGGAUAGCAAUAUCAUGCAGUUUUAAACUGUUCUGUUUAAAGGCCUAUAGUAAGGGUCAUCUCUGAUUCGUUCACUCUUACUACAGGAGGAAGCUGGUGGAUUUAAUUCGGAGAAAAAAGUUUUUAAAUUAGUGUUUUUCACUUUUCUCCCAUGCAACCGAUGAGUAUGAAGCCUCAUAAAGGCGAGCAAGUUUCCUUGGCAAGUUUUACUUGCUUGCGUGUGUAUGGAAAAAAAUUGACAAUUUUUCUUUGCCAAAGAGCUUUACCCCAAGGCUAGUAGUCAUGUCCGCUUUUGGGCACGGAAAAUGUGUUUGUGUGUACGACUAACAAGAGAAAUUUGCCAAGCGUACAAGAAAUACUUCUAUGGUUUUGGUGAACAAAAGGCGUUCUUGACGUGAGAUAAAUGUUCAACAACAUUUCGUGCACACGAGCAACAAAAUUUGUCACGGAAAAUUUGGCAAGGAAAACUUGUUGACCGUGCACACAAGAAAAUAAAUUUAUCGAGGACAUGGCCGUAGGAACCACGGGGGCAGGGGGAGGCUUGAGUCCCCCUAACUUUUAGAAACAGAGGGCUGAGCCCCCCUAAAAAUUCUAAUUUCUAAGUGAAUCUCGAAGUGAAUGCACAGUUGCACUGACACGUUUUAUACACAUGGCACAGAGAUGUAUGGCGCAGAGGAAGAUUGAAUCUUUCUUUGCCCCAGCUCUAUCCCAAAUCUAACUCCUGAAUGCAGGAAAACGUGUUUCAGAGAGUUGAAAAUCAAAAAUUUUCCCGGGGGGCAUGCCCCUGGCCCCCUGGGCCCCCCUAGAGGCGGUUCGCGCCCACCGUUCAGCCCCCCUAACUUUAAUCAUCUUCCUACGGCGCGGCCCUGAUCGUGGAAGCUUGUCAAGGAAAACGUGAUGGUCGUCGGUAUGGGGGCUUGAGUAAAAUGAGAAGGAAAAAAACCUGUUCUCAACAUUUCUGUUAAAUCGACUAUUAUUCGUUAUAUUUUAGAUCGAUCCAUGCAACUCAAUCAUGGCCGUUUUAUGGAUAAUGGAGGGUAAGGGACCAGUCAUAAAGUACAGAAGUGGUGGGCUGAGGAAAUCAACUUUUGAAAUACCUAUUUAUCCAAGACCCCCCACCCCAUGUAAAAGGCUUAAUAAUCAAUGACUCACCCUUCAUGUUUUGCACAAACUCUGAUGAUCCAGCCCUGUGGUAAAAGACAAAAAUAAGCUGGACAAGCAUAGACCAUAUAGGUGACAUUGUUUACUUAUCUCCUAUACAGUAGUUUAAAAUGUUUGCAGUGUAUCACCGUAUAUUAAAGUCCAUUGAUAAAAAAGCUGUUAUUAUUUAAAGUAAAAGUGCUCUUGGCAAUCGAAAUUGUUACAUUUACGUUUUCUCUAUAUCAUUCAUUCAAUCUAUGAUUUUCAGAUGUGGUUAUAUCUUGAAGCCUCCGUGUACAAGAUUAGAAAAUUUCGAUCCUUAUAACACUAAUAUGCUGGAAGGCGUUCGGCCUGUAACUGUGAACCUAACAGUAAGUAUUUUUGGGUUUAUUUUUUUAUAUUUUCUACAUAUAUAUGCUAGUAAAUUGCUUAUCAACGAGUUACUAUAGAUUCUGAAAAUUCCGGAUUGAUCCACCGUUACUACUGGAGGAAAUCUAAACUAAACUAACUUUAUUAAUACGGAUAGUUCUAUCAGUUCUAAACUUCAUUUAGAUCAUCGCUGCUCGCCAUCUCCCGAAGAUUGCCCGAGGGAUUACGUCGCCGUUUGUAGAAGUUGAAAUAAUUGGAGCGUGUUACGACGUACAAAAAUUCAAAACUGAAACGCAAGGUGAGCGUUGCUGGCUGAACUAACUUUAAAUACACUUGGUAAUUCUAUCAGUUCUAAACUAUUCUUACUAGAGGCCCAGUAAAGUCCAUCACUAGCUUAUUCGCCCAGGAGGAAACCUGAACUAAACUAACUUUAUUCAUACUGGAUAGGUCUAUCAAUUCUAAACUGUUCUCUCUAGAGAGCAGUAAGGACCACGACUAUCUGGUCCAGUGUUAUAAUACAAGAGGAAAUCUUUACCAACUAUAUUUUUUACUGGAAACUCUAGUUUAGUUUAGGUUUUCUCCUGGAUAAAUAAAGGGUACUGGACCUCUGAGGAGAACAGUUUAAAAUUGAUAGAUACCCAGUAAAAAUAAUGUCAGUAAACUGUUUCCUCCUGCAGUAACACUGGGUCAAGAAGGGAUGGUACUUGCUAGCCGCUUCUCAAAUGUUCUAGAGAUCAAGCCAUGCUUAACCUUUUGGUCCAGAUUUGUAGUAACUGUACUAGAAGUAGAAACUGUACUACUACCAGAACAGAAGGUGUUUUGUAUAGAAUCAAAAAUCUUCUCACAUUUGACUGAGGUAAUAUUGUCAUCAGACAACGGCAUAUUGCAUGAAUCAAACCCCGGAUUCCACAGAUAUGAAAGGCCCUUACACCAACCACUAGACCAUAAACAUUCAUUGAUCAAAGUGAUUAUUUCUAUGUUUCCAGCGGACAAUGGUUUGAAUCCGGUAUACGACACUACAAUCGAAUUCGACGUCAUAUGUCCUCCCAUGGCGUACAUCAGGUUUGCUGUCUACGAUGAGGAUAUGUUUGGUGAUCCUAACUUUGUUGCUCAGGCUGUCUUUCCGUUUGAAAGUCUUAGAAUGGGUAGGUUACGAUGCACGAUUAGUUAAGUCGAGAGUUCACCGCGAUUAUUGCCCGGUUGCAGUAAACGUUGUAAUGUCACGGCGGGCAGGUGGUGGUAUAAACUUAGGAAUGUUAAAACCGGUUACAGACGAGCAAGUUUCCUGUGACAAGUUUUUAUGUGACAAGUUUUAUUUUGCCACCAAAUACAAGACUACUAUAUAUAAUGAAUAGAAUUAGGGGCCGUUUGCAUUGUUCAAUUAACCACUGCUAAUAAGCGGGGAGAAAAUCCCAGGCUGCUAAGCCAGAAAUUAGCACCUCUCGAGACAUAAAAAUUUCGCAGUAUGAGUGAGUAACUCGCAUACAUAUUUUUAAUGCUUCGUUAACUUACCUAAACUGGAACAGCUGCAGUAGCUGAGCGCGUGCAUGGUUAUGAAUUGGGUAGAAUGCAGGGUAGCAUAUACUUAAACCCUUAGCCAACUUUGUGUCUAUAGGUGAGUUUUACUAUAGGCACUUUCGUGCAACAAAUGGUGGUCACUAUGCUAACAGUUAUCGGAAUUCGAAGGAGAAAAUAUUAAUAUUAAGGCGAUUUAGAUCGAUUCGUAAUCGAUUCAGAGUCGUACCGGACCAAGUGUGGACAAAUAGCCGAGACCGAUUCGAGAUCGAUCUAAACUAGAUGCAUGGCAACUGCAUAGUUCAUAUUUUUUCCUUAUUUUAGGUUAUAGGAGUGUUCCUUUGAAAAACGCGUAUAACGAAGACUUGGAGCUAAGUUCUCUGUUAAUAUACCUGGAUAUGUUUAUGGUAAGUAGUAAGGCCCCGUCCACACGUAUCCGGAUUCGUUUGUAGUCGCAAACAUUUUGUUGUGGAUACGCUUUAUCGCUCUGCUAGAUAACGCAGCAGGGCCUGGGACCACGAAUGCAAAUGCAAGCGAUUAAAGCCAGGACAAAAACUGUCACACUUCAAGAGGGGUAAUGACUUGGUAUAGUAUUGUUCCUUGUGAACGGAGCGUAAUGUUCAUACAUCUGUGUCCAAAUUAGGACGAAGAUGAGGAUGUGUAUACCAAUAUUCACGACCUUCGUAAUGCAAUGGCACAAAUCUCAACGCGGAUUGGUCAAGAAGCGUCACAUAUCAGUGUUCCGGAUGAAGGGAAACCCUCGGUGAACAAGAUGAUGAUGUUGGAUGCUGAGUUCCGAGAAAAACAGUAUCAACUUCAGACCUUGAUUGAACAAAGAAAGGCAAAGUAUGUUUUUGUUGUUUGUUUGGAUGUAUCCGUUGGGAAAUUGUUGCGGAAACUGCAACAGCAGCCGCAACAACAACAACAACAACCACGAAAACAGCAAAGUAAUGAAAACAACAACAACAACAACAACAACAACAACAACAACAACAACAACAACAACAACAACAACAACAACAACAACAACAACAAUAAAAACAACAACAACAACGAUAACAACAACAACAACAACAACAACAACGAUAACAGCAACGAAAACAGCAGCAGCUGCAGCAACGAUUUAGAUCGAGGACGCGGACGUCAAGGACGACGUGAAAAUGGCGUCUUGUGCCCAUGUAUGUAUAUAUAUGCCACGCCAUUUUCACGUCGUCUUCGACGUCCAGCAACAACAGCGACGAAAACAGCAGCAGCUGCAGCAACAAUAACAACGACACCACCAAACAACAACAACAACAACAACGAAAACAGCAUUAUCAACAACAACGUCGACAACAGCAGCAACAACAACGAAAACAACAAUAGCAACGACAACGAAAACAGCAGCAACGGCAAUAACAACAGCGAAAACAGCAACAAUAAUAUUAACAAAGCAGCAACAAUAGCAACAACAACAAUAUCAGUAACAGCAGCAACAUCAACAACAGCAAUGCAACAACGACAACAGUAGCAGCAGUAACACUAAUAACAACAGCAGUAAAAACAUGCAACAACAACCGAAAAGAAAUCAACAUCAUCAACGUCAACAGCGACAGCGAUAUAGCGACAGCAACGACGACGACAAAACCUUCUUGAAUUAUCAAUAGUUUAGUUUUCACUUCAAAUUUAUAUUUUUUCAUGUCCCCAUUUUCUAGAAAAAAGACGAAAACAAAAACAUUGUAAUUACUUGAACAUGGCGGGGGAUAAGUGUGGACUUUUUGUACGAACGAUAUACAUCUUUUAAAUUAAUCGUAAUUUUAAACUAUUUAUUUGAUAUUUGUUGUAAAAGAUUAAUUUUAAUACGAAAUUUGUAAUUAAUGUAAUAAUAUUUUUUGCGCCAGAC